AUGCAGCUCACCAGCUUCCUCGCUCUCACCUUCGCCGCCCUGGCCGUCGCCAGCGCCAUCCCAGCCGAGCUCCAAGAACGGCAGUGCGUCAGCGGCCUCAACCGGUGCAACAAGCGGGCCAGCGCCGUCAUCGGCCGCCAGUGCUGCCCCGGCCUGUUCUGCUGCGGCAUCAUCGGGCCCAACAACGUCUGCCAGACGGAAAACACCUGCGGCGAGCCGGCGUAA